GGACAUCUUACAGGGAAAAAAGCUUAUGAAAGAAGUCAUUGCCAGCUAGUCAUGGCGGUCAGCGAAUUGUGUUUGUUUCUACUUGGGUUCUGCGGAAUUGCUGCAGCGCAGAUUAGUCCAAACUUUUGUCCGCACGAGCAACCUGAUGUUGCGUACAAGGCUUGGUCUUCCGCGAGUAGCUGGUCAACAGGGAAAGUACCAGUUGCUACAGAUGAUGUAACGUUAGAUGACGGGAUCUACCUCCUUGAUACGUCAGUCAACGUUAGAAGCAUCACUGUUGGUAAGGACGCUACCCUUGUGUUUAAGGAUGCCGACCUCACCGUCAUGACUCGCUACAUCCUGGUCCGAGGUGCGCUUUAUAUCGGCUCGGAAACGUGUGAACUGAAGAGCAACGUUGAGAUUACUCUUUACGGUGACAAAGGUGAUGUUUCCAUUCCUGGUUUUGGGGAGAAAUUUAUCGGUGUAGAGAGUGGCGGAGUUCUCCAUCUUCACGGAAGUGACAAACUACCUUGGACCAAACUGACCCAGACCGUCAGGAAAGCUAAGGACGGAGAAAUCUCCGAUUUAUAUAAUGACGAUGGUGUGAAAAAAGCCCACUACCAAGGGAUUGUAAUGUACGUCUGGAACGCCACUUCCGGUCAGCUGGAGGAAGCGAAGGGUGUCUAUGCCGCGGGUCGGUAUACGAUCACAAAAGCCGGAAACCAGUGCGAAGCUGACGAAGACGCCAAACAGUUCGAACAAACGCUUAAAGCUGUCCCCGACGGUAAAAUUGUGGGACUGGCUUUAAUACGUCACCUCCUUCACAGAGGUAAUGUCAACUACGCCAUGUUCUACGAGAUCUUUGAAAACUUCGCCUUCGGAAAAGUGACGGGCAACAGUGGUUUACGGGAUCUACGUCUUCACGACGCUUGGUCUUUUGUCAUGAAGAAAGGCGACACCAGUUCCUCCCAAGAGAUGUUUUUGAAAGACGAUAAAGUAGAACUGGAGAGAGCUGCCGAGCUAUAUCAUUAUGAAAACAACAUUAAGUUCACCGUCAGAAGCUGGGUUCACACCAUCCGCCGUGGUGCCUGCUACGCCCGAGGAAAGAGCGCCCAAGCUGAUAUUGCUGAUCCGAAAUUAUCACUGACUAGUGACGUCACUUCCUGGAAAGAUGGUGAUGAAGUGGUCUUGCUGUCCACCGAUUAUGACCCUAAACAGGCUGAGGUGACCACUAUUAAACAGUGUGCUGACUGCGGUUCGAGUGAAGCUAGAAUCAAUCUUGAGCCCAGAUUCACUCACUUUGGACAAAUGGUUAAUGGCGUCGAUAUGCGAGGAGAAGUUGCUUCACUCAGUCGCAAUAUAAAAAUCCGAGGGGCCCCGGCUGCUAACAGCAAGACACUCGGUGGACAUAUCAAGGUCUUGAAGGGUUUCAAAGAAGCUCAGGUGGAGAAUGUAGAGCUGGUCAACAUGGGGCAGUUAGAUAGUCUAGGAAAUUAUCCAUUCCAUUGGCAUAUGUGUGGUGACGUCACAAACUCUUACAUCCGGGGUAGUGUUAUCCGGGACUCCAACGCACGUUGUGUAACAGUUCAUGGCACCAAUGGGGCUGUGGUGGAUAACAAUGUCUGCUUUAAUGCUGUGGGACACGGCUAUUUCCUGGAGGAAGGCGGAGAAGUCAAUACAGUAUUAAAUGGAAACCUAGGGGCUGGAAAUACCCGAACAGAUAAACUCACCAAAACAGACGGAAUGCCGUCAACCUUCUGGAUUACGAAUCCCAAAACAACUUUGACAAAUAAUGUAGCAGGCGGAAGUGACUAUGCUGGAAUCUGGUACGUAUUUCCUGAUGAACCCAUCGGAGUCUCAUACGGGGUCGUUAAAACAAUGCAGAAAGACGAGGCCAAACGAACACCUAUAAAAGAGUUCACCAAUAAUGUCGUCCACUCCAAUCGUGUGGCUGGACUGUUCUUUGAUAGACGCCUAAAUAAUAACACGUCCUUUGGAUGGGGGACAAAAUAUACCCCCCUGAGUGACCCACUGGAUGAGAAGUCCGCUCCUCAGACUGCAGUCUUUAACAGAUUGACGGGUUACAAGAACGAGAUGUUUAAUGGUUGGUUUGACGCUUCAAAUAUUCACGUGACACAGUCCUCGUUCUCUGACAGUUUGAUGUCACUCGCCGUGAGAAGGAGCGGCAAUGGACCCGAUUGCUUGGUUACCAACAGUGUGUUUAUGGGGGAAUCCAUCAAUAUUGGAGAACCGUCAGUUAUCAGAGGAAAUGGCAUGGUGAAGACAUAUCCCCGGGCUGUACCACUAAGAAUGGCAAACCAGCCCCGACAAGGCUUCGUGUUCUAUGAUAGAGCAGUCAGUUUGGAAGAUUCUUGGUUUGGUAAUUAUGCCAGUACAGCUGAUUAUAACGCCGGGGCCAUCGGUUUUCAGAGGAACAACAUGCAUCUGUCGGCACAUGGGGCAUAUACAAAAGGGCUUCAAUGGGGAUUUAAUGACGCCUCUGAAGGAAAUCGUGUGUUUGACGGGAAUUCCACCGACCUUGGUUUUACGGCGUUAGACGGAGAUGACAUAGCCGUCUUUAAGGAUGUUGAUGGGUCAACCACAGGAACUAAAGGCAGUUUCGUAGUUAAACCAUUACCGUUCCACAUGACUGAACAGUGUGAGGAAAUUGAUAGCUGGAAAAUGGCUAUUUGUCCACAUGCAUAUGGCCAAGUUAGAGCCAAUUUUGAAGGAAAAGUAACUGACGAGAUUACAGUCACGCGAGAUGAUGACCCCGACGACCCAGUGACGGCAGACAGAAGGUCAUAUGCUCCAUUCCUGACAAUACUAGGAGGGUCUCAUAGUUAUCUUGUUCGCUCCAACGCUAAUAAAGCUCCUGGCUGGUGGAGAUUUGAGUUCCUUGGCUUGUCAAGUUCAAAUUAUGCAUCUUUGGCUGUUUGUAUCCCACGUCAAUCUACAGUGAGGCCAGCCAUGUAUAAUCUAAAGACUGAAAAAUGGGAAAGAGGUGUACCAGUGUCCACGUUUGAAGACUUCCAGAAAGGGACGUCAUUCAAAGACUAUUUUGUUGACACAGAAGUAGGAGCUAUAUUUCUCAAAGCCAUGCAUAUCCGUGAGCAGUUGGAUGUUGACCGGGGGAACUGCUUAGACAACAAGUGCCCGUUUGUGCACUUUUCCAAUAAAGAUGGCGACAGGACAGAUAUGGACUGUACUGACCGAUUCUAUGCCAAAUACAAAAAAGACAAAGUCCUACCUUCACGUAAAAAGAGACAAGCUGCAAGCACUGAUAAAUUUCCCGCCACACAAAGCGCUCCGCCAUCAAACUGGGGAGCCGGAUCUACAGCGCCCUAAAUUCCUGACAAGCCCAAUGCUAAUUGUUAAACGAUCUAAAAUAAUAAAUGAUUUUAUUUAUGUGUA